CUCCUCGCGUCAACAGCGGAGGCCUUGCGGCCUGGGUUUACUCCAGCGCUGCUGACGUAACGUCAUCUUGCGGGACGUGGACGGAAGAAAAAGGGGAGUAAGCCGGCGCGAGAGACGCGUGGCGUGGAGUGCGGGCCGGGUGGUGGGGCCCAGCGGCUGAGGCGAGGCAGAUACCUUGGUCAGUGACCACCUCACAGCAUGUUGAGUCAAGUCUGCCGCUCUGGGUUCCAGUCCUUCCCUCAGCGUCUCCUGCCCUGGGUCCAGUCCACAGUACUCUCCAGAUCUCGUCGUAUUCAGCCCUCAGCCAUCAGACAUGUCCGUUCUUGGAGCAACAUCCCCUUUAUCACUGUGCCCCUCAGUCGUACACAUGGCAAGUCUUUUGCCCACCGCAGUGAGCUGAAGCAUGCAAAGAGAAUUGUGGUGAAACUCGGAAGUGCCGUGGUGACCCGAGGGGAUGAAUGUGGCCUGGCCCUGGGCCGCCUGGCGUCUAUUGUUGAGCAGGUGUCAGUGCUGCAGAAUCAAGGCCGAGAGAUGAUGCUGGUGACAAGUGGAGCUGUAGCCUUUGGCAAGCAACGCUUGCGCCAUGAAAUCCUUCUGUCUCAGAGUGUAAGGCAGGCCCUACACUCAGGGCAGAACCACCUGAAAGAGAUGGCAAUUCCAGUCUUAGAAGCCCGAGCCUGUGCAGCUGCUGGACAGAGUGGGCUGAUGGCCUUGUAUGAAGCCAUGUUUACCCAGUACAGCAUCUGUGCUGCCCAGAUUUUGGUGACCAAUUUGGAUUUCCAUGAUGAACAGAAGCGCCGGAACCUCAAUGGGACUCUUCAUGAGCUUCUCCGAAUGAACAUCGUCCCCAUUGUCAACACAAACGAUGCCGUUGUCCCUCCAGCAGAGCCCAAUAGUGAUCUCCAGGGGGUAAAUGUUAUUAGUGUUAAAGAUAAUGAUAGCCUGGCUGCCCGUCUGGCUGUGGAAAUGAAGACUGACCUCUUAAUUGUUCUUUCAGAUGUAGAAGGUCUCUUUGACAGCCCCCCAGGGUCAGAUGAUGCAAAGCUCAUUGAUAUAUUUUAUCCUGGUGAUCAGCAGUCUGUGACAUUUGGAACCAAGUCCAGAGUUGGAAUGGGUGGCAUGGAAGCCAAGGUGAAAGCGGCUCUCUGGGCUUUACAAGGUGGUACUUCUGUGGUCAUUGCCAAUGGGACCCACCCCAAGGUGUCCGGGCAUGUCAUCACAGACAUUGUGGAGGGAAAGAAAGUUGGCACCUUCUUUUCCGAAGUAAAACCUGCAGGCCCUACUGUGGAGCAGCAGGGAGAAAUGGCUCGAUCAGGAGGAAGGAUGUUGGCCACUUUGGAACCUGAGCAGAGAGCAGAGAUUAUCCAUCACCUGGCCGAUCUGUUGACAGACCAGCGAGAUGAGAUCCUGUUAGCCAACAAAAAAGACUUGGAGGAGGCCGAAGGGAGACUUGCAACUCCUCUGCUGAAACGUUUGAGCCUCUCCACGUCUAAAUUGAACAGCCUGGCCAUCGGUCUGCGGCAGAUCGCAGCCUCCUCCCAGGAGAGUGUGGGGCGGGUUUUGCGCCGGACGCGAAUUGCGAAAGACUUGGAACUAGAACAAGUCACUGUCCCAAUUGGAGUUUUAUUGGUCAUCUUCGAAUCUCGCCCUGACUGCCUACCCCAGGUGGCAGCCUUGGCUAUAGCAAGUGGUAAUGGCUUGUUACUCAAAGGAGGGAAGGAGGCCUCACACAGCAACCGAAUCCUUCACCUCCUGACCCAGGAGGCACUCUCAAUCCAUGGAGUCAAGGAAGCUGUACAGCUGGUGAAUACCAGAGAAGAAGUAGAAGAUCUUUGCCGCUUAGACAAAAUGAUAGAUCUGAUCAUUCCACGAGGCUCUUCUCAGCUGGUUAGAGACAUCCAGAAAGCUGCUAAGGGCAUCCCAGUGAUGGGGCACAGUGAAGGCAUCUGCCACAUGUACGUGGAUUCAGAGGCCAGUGUCGACAAGGUCACCAGGCUAGUUAGAGACUCUAAAUGUGAAUAUCCAGCUGCCUGUAAUGCUUUAGAGACUCUGUUAAUCCACCGAGACCUGCUGAGAACACCAUUGUUUGACCAGAUCAUUGACAUGCUGAGAGUGGAACAGGUGAAGAUUCAUGCAGGCCCCAAGUUCGCUUCUUAUCUGACCUUCAGCCCAUCUGAAGUGAAGUCCCUCCGAACUGAGUACGGGGACCUGGAGCUGUGCAUUGAAGUGGUGGACAGCGUGCAGGACGCCAUCGACCACAUCCACAAGUAUGGCAGCUCACACACGGACGUCAUCGUCACUGAAAACGAGAAGACAGCUGAGUUCUUCCUCCAACAUGUGGACAGUGCCUGUGUGUUCUGGAAUGCCAGCACUCGCUUCUCUGAUGGCUACCGCUUUGGGCUGGGAGCUGAAGUGGGAAUAAGUACAUCUCGGAUCCACGCCCGGGGGCCAGUGGGACUAGAAGGACUACUGACUACCAAGUGGCUGCUGCGAGGGCAGGACCACGUGGUCUCGGACUUCUCAGAGCACGGAAGUUUAAAGUACCUUCAUGAGAACCUCCCUAUUCCUCAGCGAAACACCAACUGAGAGCCUUCAGAGGAGAGCUGGGCAUGUUCUGAGGGGUCUUCACAGUGAAGCUCAUCUCAAGCAUCUCGGGGUGAGCCUGGUUGUCUCCCACCUCCUGGUAGGACCUGCCUGUUGGAAAGUGCACCUCCAUGCUUCUGGGCUGUGUGGCAAGAUCAGUCUAGGCUAAGGACUCGCGUUCCAGCCCCCCCUUCUCUUUUUUUCUUUUCUCUUUAAGUUAGAAAAUAAUUGCUCUAGAUAGGGAUUUUGCAUAAUUGCUACAGAGAGGGACUUUGCUUCACAUAGUGCAAUUCCUUUUGAUGAUAAAAAUAGAAAGGUGCGGUUUUCCCACAUAAAAGGCAAUGGAAAAAUCACAGUCGCUUUUUACCUUUUAUCACCUCAAUGAGGUAGAGUCUCUCUUGGCAUGUGGUUGUUACAAGAGCCAGUCGUACCUGACAAGUCUCUCCACAUUUCAUUUCUUUCACAUUCUUGGUCUUCAAAAAUGAGAGAUUUGGAAUUUGGAGAGGGGCAGUUCUUAUUAGCAUUUUCAUCAGAAACAGUCACAGAGAUGGACUGAAUCAUUUGUACUGGGCAGGUUGGCCUUCUGUAUUUAUUUGCGGAGUGAAUAUAAAAAGCUUCCUAGCUGCUUGGUAGCCUCUCCGGAUCCAGAGCUCAGCCCUACUUGUGACGCGGUUGGAGCCAAAGCUGUGGAUGGGAGGUGCAAGUUUGAGGAUGAAGUACCUGCCGCCAUAAUGCUUGAAAUUUUUAUAUGAGUUAUUUUGUCAUCCUGUCCUUUCUCUCCAAAACAAAAAAUUAGAGAAUUAUUUUAAUACUUUGGAUUCUUCCCCCCUUUUUGAGAAAUAAAGUUCUUAUGA